AUGGAGGCUAUCAAGGAGACAUUCGCCCGGUGCAAGAAGGAAGGCAGAAUAGCCCUCGUGGGUUAUUUCACAGCGGGGUUUCCCACCGCUGAAGAAACUCCAGAUAUCAUGCUCGGUCUGCAAGCCGGUGGUGUUGAUGUCAUUGAGCUCGGUCUCCCCUUCACAGAUCCCAUCGCUGAUGGGCCCACGAUACAAAAAUCAAACACCAUCGCCCUCGCCAAUGGCAUUACCGUCACCUCAGCCCUCCAAUUUGUCCGCGACGCCAGGAAAAAGGGACUCAAGAUCCCCGUCCUUUUCAUGGGCUACUAUAACCCACUACUGCGCUACGGCGAAGACCGCAUGUUGAGAGACUGCAAAGAGGCAGGAGUCAACGGAUUCAUCAUGGUUGAUUUGCCCCCGGAGGAGGCUGUAAGAUUUCGCAAUAAUUGCACCAAGACGGGACUCAGCUAUGUCCCGCUGAUUGCGCCUGCGACGUCGGAGAAGAGAAUGAAAUUGCUGUGUCAGAUUGCGGACUCGUUUAUCUACGUCGUGUCGAGGAUGGGUGUUACGGGCGCGACAGGCACGUUGAACACCAAGCUUCCUGAGUUGUUGGCGAGGGUGCAUCAAUACUCGGGCGGGGUCCCUGCAGCGGUCGGCUUUGGUGUGAGCACGAGAGAACAUUUCCUGAGUGUUUCGCAAAUUGCCGAGGGAGUGGUGAUCGGCAGCCAGAUCGUGAUAGUGUUGGGCAAUGCGAAGCAAGGUGAGCGGGCGAAGGCUGUUCAAGAAUAUUGCUCCCAAAUCACUGGGAGGAAAGUGGGCGACUUCAAUACAACAGAUGGUUUAACGAGGGAAGUGGGUAUUGUCGAGACCAUAAAGUCAGCAAAAGAACCAAGUGCAGCGUCGAAUGCCCUCAAUGGCCAUCAAGUCCACGUCGACAAAGUCAUUACCGACGCAGACGUCCCCUCCGAACCAGGCCUUGCCGACCAGCUUGAUGCCCUCAACGCGUCUACAAACGGCACGGCUCCCAAUCCGGAUGCCAUUCCGGCCCGCUUUGGCCAAUUUGGCGGCCAAUAUGUUCCCGAAUCGUUAAUGGACUGCUUGGCCGAACUCGAAGAGGGUUUCCAAAAAGCCAAGAACGAUCCAGAGUUCUGGAAAGAGUACAAAUCAUACUACCCAUACAUGGGUCGGCCGUCGUCACUGCAUCUGGCUGACCGGCUCACCGAACGAGUUGGUGGUGCGCAGAUCUACCUGAAACGAGAAGACCUGAAUCAUACGGGAAGUCACAAGAUCAACAACGCUUUGGGGCAAAUCCUUCUUGCCAGGCGACUAGGAAAGACACGCAUCAUUGCCGAGACCGGUGCGGGCCAGCACGGUGUCGCAACUGCGACCGUCUGCGCCAAAUUUGGCAUGGACUGUGUCGUGUAUAUGGGUGCCGAGGACGUGCGGCGUCAGGCUCUCAACGUCUUCCGCAUGAAACUUCUCGGCGCCAAGGUUGUGGCGGUGGAAGCUGGAUCCCGCACUCUUCGAGACGCCGUCAACGAAGCAUUACGCGCUUGGGUUGUCGACCUCGACACCACGCACUACAUCAUCGGCUCGGCCAUCGGUCCUCACCCCUUUCCAACCAUCGUCCGUACUUUCCAGAGCGUCAUCGGUCAAGAGACCAAGGAACAGAUGAAAGAACUGACAGGCAGACUUCCGGACGCAGUGAUCGCCUGUGUUGGUGGAGGAAGUAAUGCCGUAGGCAUGUUCUUUCCCUUCAGCUCCGAUCCUUCAGUGAAGUUGAUCGGCGUUGAGGCCGCUGGCGAGGGUGUCGACACGGGCAAGCACUCUGCCACGCUUUCUGGAGGGUCAAUCGGCGUCCUUCACGGCGUAAGGACGUACGUGUUGCAGAACGAGCACGGCCAGAUCAGCGAUACACACUCCAUCUCCGCCGGUCUAGAUUACCCUGGCGUGGGACCAGAGUUGUCAAACUGGAAGGACAGCGCCAGAGCCAGAUUCAUUAGCGCCACCGACUCGGAGGCCCUGAUAGGGUUCCGGACUCUCAGUGAGACGGAAGGAAUCAUUCCUGCGCUGGAAUCCAGUCAUGCUAUCUUUGGGGCCAUGCAGGUCGCCAAGGAGAUGGGCAAGGAUCAGACGCUGGUGAUCUGCCUGAGUGGACGUGGAGACAAGGACGUCCAGAGUGUGGCGGAUGAACUUCCCAAAUUGGGUCCAGGCAUUGGUUGGGACUUGAGGUUUUAG